GUCGCCGUGUUCGCAUUGUGUGUGUCGUUCCUCGGUGUCGUCGCGCCCCGUCGUCGAGUCACCCCUAAUAUCUUUCGAUUGCGCCCCCCGUGACAUCAUUCGCAUCAUCUGACGUCAUUGUUUAACCCUUUUAUCGGUAAAUCGAAUUACCGUCAUCAGUGACCUGUCUUUCCCUUCUUCGUUGACCGAAGAUUACGGAGAGAUUUACACCUGACGACGCAAAAUGGGAACGUCGCUCCCGAUCCCCGUCGUGAAGGAUCCUUCGAGAUGUCGCGAGGAUGUCGCGCGGGAUGGCGCACGGUGUCCUUGAAGGGGAGAUGCACUUUGCGAAGAUGCACGUGUGAUACGGGACAGGCUCCGACAAAAUGUUGAUCAAGGAAUAUCGCAUACCGAUGCCUCUCACGGUAGAGGAGUAUCGUAUCGCUCAGCUAUACAUGAUAGCGAAAAAGUCUCGGGUGGAGAGCACGGGUUCCGGUAGCGGCGUGGAGAUAAUCGAGAACAAGCCGUACAGCGACGGUCCAGGCGGCGACGGACAGUACACGUUGAAAAUCUACCACGUGGGCAGUCACUUACCAGGCUGGUUCAAGAGCCUGCUGCCCAAGUCGGCUCUGAUCGCCAAGGAGGAGGCAUGGAACGCCUAUCCGUACACCAAGACCCGCUACACAUGCCCGUUCGUGGAGAAACUCUCCGUCGAAGUCGAGACGUACUAUUUCCCGGACAACGGUCACCAGGAUAACGUCUUCCAGCUGAGCGGCAGUGAUUACAGGAACAGGAUCGUGGAUGUGAUCGACAUCGUCAAGGAUCAGCUUUACGGGUCCGACUACGUAAAGGAGGAGGAUCCUAAGCUGUACGUUUCGGACAAAACCGGAAGAGGCCCGCUGGAGGACACCUGGCUGGAGGAUUAUUGGGCCGAUGUGGAAGGACAGCAACAACCAUCGCCGUCGGGAAAGUCACUAAUGUGCGCGUACAAGCUAUGCCGAGUAGAGUUCCGUUAUUGGGGCAUGCAAGCGAAAUUAGAAAAGUUCAUACACGACGUAGCUCUGCGGAAGACGAUGUUGCGGGCGCACAUACAGGCAUGGGCCUGGCAGGACGAGUGGAAUGGACUGACGAUGGAGGACAUCAGGGAGAUCGAGCGGCAGACGCAGCUGGCGCUGCAACGGAAGAUGGGCCUGGGUGACUCGACGGACGAGCUCGGUGAGAACCAAGAGGCGACCGUUGCGGCGGCGUCGACGGCCGGCGCGGCGGUUGGUGCGACGGGCGUCGCGAUGACGCCGCAGGAAUCGGACGUCGCCAAGACGUUGGCGGCCACCUUGGGCAGCAUCGAGAAGAACGAAGAAGCCCAGAGCCCGCCGUCCGUCAGGAAACCGUCCGACAUACCCAUCAUCAACACGGCGGCCAGCUCCGAGGGUGAGAUCAGUCCCGAGGACUCGCCGACAGACCUCGACGAGAUCAGAGCCGCGGCCGCUAACGAGAAGGCGGACGGCAAGAAAAAGUGGCGGAAGAACAACGUGUCGAUGCAUUCUCCGAGUUCCAACAAAAGCUUCGACAUCCAGAUCGCGAAUUGGAGGAUGGAGAGCAUCGUCAGAGAAUCCGAGUCUGGCAGCGACGACGAGUUCUUCGAUUGUCAGGCUGGGUUCAUUAUACCUGUUAUACGCAAAGAGGACUUUGAAGAUAGCCCUUCAUUAGCUAAAUGGAGUUCUUUGGAUCUUCUAGCAGAAGGGGAAGACACGGCUGUGCGUACACCGCCCGCGGCGAAUGAGCAAGAGGACACGAUAUUUUCGCCUUCGUAUCUGCAGCGCGUCGCCAGCGAACGAAACAGCAAGAGGCUGCAGAUCUACUCGUCGACCAGUAUCGACGUGUCGUGCCCGGCAUCUCCUCAACAUUCCCCCACGCAUCAACCUUGCAAGAUCACCGUGCUAAUUAUCGUGGUGCAUGCCGGCAGUGUUUUGGACGCAAAUGUCGAUUUAACAGCGAAGAAGUCGGACAUCAUGACAUUCCGUGGAGCUUUCGAAUCCGUCAUGAGACAGCAUUAUCCCAGUAUGGUCGGGCACGUCUCCAUUAAAUUCAUCGCCUGUCCUUCCAUCUGUACCGAAGGUCUUGGAAUCUUAUCAAGUCUGAGUCCGUAUAGUUUCGACGUGUCGCCCUCGUGCAUGGACGCUCCUCAGGUCACGCACGACACCAUUCCGAUCGGCGCUAUACCGCUGUUGGCGAGCUCAAGUUCGGAAUACCAGGACGCGGUGUCGCGCGUCGUGAUGGGCGCGAAUCAGGUGUACCACGACUUCAUCAAGAGCGACGAGGGCAAAGGUUUCUCCGGGCAGAUUUGCUUCGUAGGCGACUCGGUGGGCUCGAUCCUGACCUACGACGCUCUGUGCAGAGCUACGCAGCAUUCGCGGCACAGCAGCGAGAACAGCAUACUGGAGACCAGCAAUCAGAGCAACGAAAACGGCGGGAACGCCGAGGACGGCAGGCAUCUCUCCGCGCCGUCCCCCAGGAGAAGAUCUUCUGGCACCAGCGACAACAAGCUGGACUUCGAAGUGGGUGAUUUCUUCACGUUCGGCAGCCCGCUUGCUCUGGUUCUGGCUUACAGGAAGAUCGCCGCGUCCGGCGACAAGAACAGUUUCAUACCCAGGCCGUUGGUCAACCAGGUGUACAAUCUGUUCCACCCGACGGAUCCCGUGGCCGCGAGACUGGAGCCUCUGAUCUCGGCAAGAUUUUCGCUGAUUCCGCCGAUCAAUAUUGCGCGAUAUCAAAAAUACCCGCUCGGCAAUGGCCAGCCUUAUCACUUGCUGGAGACCAUCCAGACGAACCCGCAGCUGUUCGCCGACGGACUGAACGUUCCCAAUGUUCAACUGUCGCAUUUAAGAAGGCUAUCCGAUAUAUCGCUUCAAAGUACAAUGUCGGGCAUUAUCGACAGCGUUCCUCUGCAGGCGGUGUCCGCCCUGACGCAGAAAUGGUGGGGCACCAAGAGACUGGAUUACGCACUCUAUUGUCCAGAGGGUCUCGCGAAUUUUCCUACGAACGCCUUGCCGCACCUCUUCCACGCUAGUUAUUGGGAAUCUUCGGACGUGAUCGCGUUUAUCCUGAGGCAACUGGGCAGAUUCGACUUGCAAUUGCUCGGCAAUGAGGAGAAGGAUCUCACUUGCUUCCGUCCAGGUCAACCCAGAGAGAAGUGGAAUAAAAAGCGUACCUCCGUUAAACUUAAGAACGUUGCUGCCAAUCACAGAGCGAAUGAUGUCAUCGUGAGGGAAGGUGCACCACAAGUACUAGUCGCUAGGUUCAUGUACAGUCCUAUUGAUAUGAUAACUUUAACAGGUGAAAAGGUGGAUAUUCACAUUAUGCGAGAUGCACCAGCAGGUGAGUGGACACACCUCUCUACCGAGGUGACCGACAAAAAUGGUAGAAUAAUAUACAAAAUACCAGACGACAAAGCGCUAAGCUACGGGCUCUACCCGGUAAAGAUGGUUGUAAGGGGAGAUCACACAUCUGUAGAUUUUUUCAUGGCGGUGAUACCCCCGAGAACCGAAUGCGUGGUUUUCAGCAUAGACGGCUCCUUCGCUGCCAGCAGAUCGGUGAGCGGUAAGGAUCCGAAAGUUUGGGCCGGUGCCGUCGAUGUUGUGAGGCAUUGGCAAGAACUGGGUUACCUCAUUAUCUACAUUACCGCGAGGCCCGACAUGCAACAGCAGACAGUGGUUUCCUGGUUGUCGCAGCAUAAUUUCCCCCACGGUCUCGUCUCGUUCGCCGACGGCCUGUCCAGAGAUCCGCUCGCUCACAAAGCCGCGUACUUGAAUAAGCUCGUGAAGGAACACGGCAUGAUAAUCCACCAGGCGUACGGCAGCGAGAAGGACAUUAGCGUGUAUACUGCGAUCAAUCUGAAGCCGAGCCAGAUCUUCAUCAUCGGCAAGGCGUCCAAGAGGCACCAGGCUUUGGCGACAAUAUUGCACGACGGCUACGCUGCUCACCUGAGCACGCUGCAGGCGCACGGGGGCUCGCGUCCCGCCCAGGGCAACGCGCGCAUGGUGAUCCCCAGGGGUCAGUUCGGCCUGCCAGGGCAGAACUCUUCCCUGCGUCGACGGAGCUCUUUUAGGACGACGAAGCGUGCGAUCUCGCAGCCACCCUUAGGCAAGGCGUCCUUCCCGUUGGAGCGAUCUACGAGCGUGGGACCGCCGGCCACGUCGGCGGCAGCGGCCUCGCAGUCGACGGCGCCGGAGAAGCUCUGACGAUUUGCGCGUUGCCGCUCGUUCUUCGAGUCCCGGCGGUAACUCGCGAAGAAAGGACACUUGGUUUCGUAUACACACGAAAGAUCGUAUCUCCCUCUUCGUUUCGUAGAUCCUCGUUGCGACGGCCGUCUCUUCUCUCGUUAGACUCUCGCGUCGUCCUACCGUGGAUCGCACGAUCGCAAGCGGCGUAUUCGUAAUUUCAGUGCGUCGACUCCUCGUAGUAGCCCUUAGUCCACACUCUCCCGUAGUUCCUCGACGCCGUAUACGUCGUUCCUUUACACGUACUUCACGCGGACACACCCUCCGUCUUGCGGAUCCUCGAUCUCGCGUCGGAUCCCCCCGCGUCGCGGAUCUCUCUCGCUCGGACUUGUGGUAUCGCGGGAUUCCCUUUCGUUCCGCCUUGACUUGGUCCUCACUUCCUCGUUUGUGUUCCCCGUAUCACGGAGUCUUGGCUUUUGAGGAUUUUAAGCGGCGCCUUUCGAAGAGGAAUCCCAGACGCGGAGAGGAAUUACCGCGAAGAAUCUUGCCGCGCUUGUUAAAUGCACAACUAUACAUAUAUUGUUUAAAUGAUACGCGUGUGAUAUAAUUUGUUAUAUAAUAUUUAUAUAUACACGGUGUUCCGUUACUGCAACUACUACUACCGUGACACCCGUGAAUGACAGAUUCACAGGGGCAUUUUUUUUUCAGUCCAGAUAAACAGUCGUAAAAUUAACAUUGACAAAAUCACGAGGGGAGGUUGGAAAGGAAGGUUUUAUAUCAAGUGAAAUUUGCGACUGUUUAUUGAUUGUUCGAGUAAAAGGGAAGUGUUCGGACAGUUUUACAAGUGUGCUGAAUCAAUCACUAGUGUUAUUUUGUGGAUAUAUCUCUUCCCUUGAAAGCACAACGCAAGGAAUCUUGACAUGCGUUUUCUCGCUUCCCGACGUCGUUAAACAAGACCAGUCAUAGCGAGUACUCGGAAGCUUUAAGUAAACAUGUUAUUAAUACACCUACCGAAUAUUUGUUUUAUUUUGAAUAUUUUUCUCCCAGUGUAUCGCCAAAAUCCGGUCUGUCAGAUGAAUCUGAUACCUGAUCGCGCGAAUCCUUAACAGUCGAUCGAGUCAUUUUCUUAAACGCUUUCCAUUGUAGUCUCAAUAUCCUCGUAUUAGGAUUUUCGUUUUAAGAUGCCCCCAGAAAUCUGCCGUUCACGAGUAUCGUGAUGAAAUAUUUUAUAUUGUAGUUGCGCAUUAAUAAUUGCGACGAAAUUCUCAUCUGCCAUUCCUCUCUUUCAGCAUUUUACAUCCGCACUGAUCGACGUAAUGACACUUCCCAUACAAAGACUAGACCGAAAAAAGUUCCUUACUCGAUUUCGCGGAUCCUGCAUCAUGUGGAUUCCCGAUUCUGCAUUUUCCUGGGUCUUCAGUUUCGCGAAUCCUUGUACAGCUCCGAUUACACGGCUCUUUCCGUUACACACGCGAAUCCACCACCACCCCUUCCUCCCUGUAUUAUCCCUAUAUCGUUAUUCAGGAAUUGACUUCCGCUGUGUAUGUACAUAUACUCAAGGUUUUUCACUCGUAUACUUUGCGUCAUUUUGAUACGACGAGACAAGGGCAAACAACCGGGCGGCAAGUAUCUCAUCUUACGUUGUAAGCUUACCUAGUUCUUUCUACUUUUAAGUGUGUUCUUCCUCUCUCUCUCGAUUCGAUACACGCCGACAUCCGCGCGAAUUACGCAAAGAUGCAUGAAUCGUUGGCGGAGAACUUCGUUUGGCGGAACGAUGCGCCGAGAGAACGAAAAACUUGUUAAAACUGUUACCUGAGUCUACCCGUUGUUAUCAAUAAGGAGAAGUAACGUAACGUUAUCUGUGACACGUAUACAUAAAAUACACGAACACCCACACACACACACACACAUACAUACAUACACAAUCAUGUGUAAGCGACGCUUAGAGGUAAUUAGCGUGUAAGAAGAUCUGUUAGCACUCUACUCAUUGCCAAAACGUUCUAGAGAAACGUAAUACGUAAUGCUCUGCAAGGUCCGCGCCGAGUUAUCCUUCUCGGGGCUACUUCUUCGCACGUAAUACUCAUAUCGCGGGGGCAGAAGGAGAGGUUCUCCGUGUAAUUUUGUAAGUGAAAGUGACAGUGCAUUUAUUUACAAUCGUUAACUCCCGAAGUUAACAGUACCAUUAACAACACCAAUUUUGACGGUGUUCUUUCGAAUGAUUAUCUUUAAAUUUUCUUUCCUCUUUUAUUCGAGCUCUCUCUUUCCGUGACAGUAUUUCUGGAACGCCUCCCGACGAUAACACGCGUAUCAAGAAGUGUUUUGUAUGUUUACUCGCGAAGAAGGAUCGGAUCGUGUGUGAGUCAUUCUUAUGUUAGACGAAGCAUCGAAAUAUUUAGGAGACGAGUGGUACAAAAAAGCUACUUCCUUCUUGUUACGUAGACGCGUAAAAAAAGUAGCGGACGAUGUAAAUAACGUUAGAUGUUGUGUAAAUAAUCACGUUAAUCCCGUGGAGAAUAUUAGAGAGAGAGAGAGAGAGAGAGAGAGAGAGAGAUCAUCUUGAUACGACUAGCUAUUAUUAGGUGCUUCGUCGACAAUAGUGUGAUGAGAUAAAUGCGCGGACUCGGAGCUGAGACGAAGGUGCCGAAGGUUGAUUAGUCGGUAAGUCGAGAUCAUACGAGGUGAAAACUCCUAAUACUUUGAUCUUUUGUCCCUGAGAAUCAAGAUUUCUACGAAUAUCGAGGAACAUUUAACACUUCGUCGGGGAAGUCGAGAAGCAAACGAGGGAUCAAUUAUUCGUCCCGGCUCCGAAUUACGCCGAUCGGAAAAGGAGGGGUGACACAUAAUCGACGGUGUCUCAUUACGCUUAAAUCUAUCACAAUUGAUGUUAGGAAACAGAAAAUCUUUCCUAAAGGGCGCGAUUCGAUAAUAUACGGUGUCCCGAGUCACACAUCGGCGAAGAGAAAUCUCACGCGGCGAAAUCCUUUUCUCCGACAGAGAUGUCUGUCUCUACUCAUCGACGUGUCUAUUUUUCACGGUUGUACCGCAUUUUCAGCAUCGCGAGGUACAUCCUAUUUUUUUACAUCUCUUAUAUCGGAAUCAUCGAGUCCUGGACUAUAAAUCAUUCUUCCAACUCGUAUCUAUAUUUAGAUAAAUAACCGCGCGUAUAUUUGUAUUGUCUCGCAUCUUUAUCGAGUUAGUCAGAAAGUUCAGUUCGAUUUUCAAUAAAUGACGUCACACACACACACACACACACACACA